AGUUUCUUAUGAUUCACAAACUUUGCAGGCAUGGAUUAGCUUUUCCCCCUAACUUUUUUUCUGCACUUUACUCAAAGUUCCAACUUAGUUGCUGUUGUUGGGUUGUUUUUUUUUUUAGAAUGAUUAACGGAACUGCUGCGUUUGGGGAACUGGACACCAAUGUUUCUGAGCCGAUGCACUCUCAUCUCCUCAACCACAACCUCACGACCUUCCCCGCGCUCCGACUCGAUUCUAAGUCGCUGGUCACUUCAGCCACGAUGUUUGCCGUGGGAGUUCUGGGGAACCUCAUCGCCAUCGUCGUGCUGUGCGUCUCCAAGAAGGAGCAGAAGGAAACAACCUUCUAUACGCUGGUGUGCGGGAUGGCCAUCACCGACCUGCUGGGCACGUGCUUCACCAGCCCGGUGGUCAUCGCCACGUACGUGGCCAGCCGCUGGCCGGGAGGCGCGCUGCUCUGUCAUUUCUUCUCCUUCUCCAUGCUGUUCUUCGGCUCGGCCGGGAUGUCCAUUCUCUGCGCAAUGGCGGUGGAGCGAUACCUGGCCAUCAACCACGCGUAUUUCUACUCGAAGCACAUAGACCGGACCAUGGCGCGCUUUGCACUCCUGGUCAUCUACCUGGCCAACAUCGUGCUGUGCAUCAUGCCCAGCUUUGGCUUCGGCCAGCACGUCAGGCACUUCCCCGGCACUUGGUGCUUUCUGGACUGGAGGUCGGUGGAUCCGGUUGGCGCGUGCUACUCCUUCCUGUACGGCGGCGUCAUGCUGCUGCUGAUCGCGGUGACCGUCAUGUGCAACCUGGCGGUGUGCAGGUCUCUGGUGGGGAUGAACCAGAGGACGGGGAUCGUCAGGACGGAGCUGUGUGAGCACAGCGGGUUACGGCGUCGCUUCCCCCGGCUGUCUUCUGUAACCUCUGCCGCAGAGAUCCAGAUGUUCUGGCUGCUGGUCUUCAUGACCAUCGUGUUUUUGGUCUGCUCCAUUCCGUUAGUGGUGCGAAUCUUUGUGAACCAGCUCUACGACCCCUCCUACAUGUCUGCUGGGGGGAGACCUGACUACCAGGGCGACAUGCUGGCGAUCCGCUUCGCCUCCUUCAACCCCAUCCUGGACCCCUGGGUCUACAUUUUGUGCAGAAAGAACCUGUUGCUGAAAGGCUGCGGAAGGCUCAAGAGUGUGAUCACCCGGGCAAAGGACGGCCGUGGGGACGAAAAGAGCUGGGUGGAGGGUCAAAACUCCCCCCCAUCCAUACACAGCAACGACACCAGUUACGCGUCGUUGCGCACGGCCAGCUACAGGAACGAGCCGCGGCUCCCGCUGUCCAUCAAGAACACCUCUUUCACAGACUUUGCUCUCCGACAAGCGUGGGAGUACGACACGGCGCGGGUCAACUUCCACCCGUUCAGCGUGGAGUCCGCGGCGAUCAUCGGCAGCGAAGAGGAAGCAGAAGCAGCGACUCACCCGGGACAGGACGCGGCGGAGACGGCUUCUCCGGGGCGGGGCGGCGUGGUGCACGUCCGCAGAGUGGACAUCGUUACCUGCACGUUCAGCAGCCCGAGCUCCAGUCAGUCUGCCAAAUGCUUCUGAUGCCCUCAGGGUGGGCUCCAGGGCCGUCCAGAGACAUUUAAUGAGCCAGGGGCGCAACAAGAAAGAGGCUUUAGUCAAGAAAAAAGACAACACACCGAUAUGAUUUAAAGCAUCCCAAUAAGUGCCUCUUGAAGGUUUUCUUGAGGUUAUUGCUCAGUUCCACUCACCCUGUCUCUGUUCCCCAGAUGGCUGCAUAUAUUUUUCUAUCUGUUUUUGUUUGCUUCCAUUUGUCUACUUCCUUUCAUCAAACCAAAUGUGUCAAACUCAUGGCCCUGGGGC